UGUUAUGGUGAGUGGUUUGAAUUUGUUCGCUCUCUAAAUCCUUUAAAUCGCAUCUAUCCUAAUUCUUUUUAUAUAUAUAUAUUUAUUUUUCUUUUCUUUCCUAUAUACCUUUCUAAUGCCACUAGAAAUAAAAAACGAAAGAAUGGCUCUAGAUAUCUCUACAUUAUUAAAAUUAAUUCCGACGUUUGACACCAAAGAAAAUAACCAACUAUAUAGAUUUGUUCGAUCUUGCAAUUCUGCCUUUGCUUUAGCCUCUUUAGAACAAGAAUCAAUCCUCUUAGUAUACGUUUUAAAUAACAUCACUGGCUCAGGUGCCUCCGAUGUCCAUUGUAAACAAUACAAAACAUGGAUUGAACUCAGAUCGUUCCUUAUCGAAAAAUUCUCGCAUGUAAAAACGAUUAGCCAUCUAAGCCUAGAACUACAGUCUAUGUUCCAAAAACCAAACGAAACAAUGACUGAAUAUUUUCACCGGGUAGACCUCUGUAGGAGUAAAAUCGUAGAAAAACUAACAGCGGAAAUUUUAGAUGAGACGCUCGCAGGUCGGUUAGCGACCACAGAAGAAACCGCCUUAUCGGUAUUUAUCAACGGAAUUAAUUCAGACGUAGGAGCAAUGCUGAGAACUAAAAACUUUAGUAAUCUCUCCGACGCAGGUCGUUUCGCGCUACAGGAAGACAAAAUUCGAGCAAUGAAUAAUGCUAGGCAGGCACUAUUUAGAGUAUCAGCCGCUAGUAGGACUGUUAAUAGUCCUAGACCGCACGUAAAAUUUACGAUUGACAAUCGAUCGAUGACGCGACCUCCUAAUAUAUACCAACAGAAUACAUCAAAAACGCCAUCAUAUCAAAACGUUAUUUGCAAUUACUGUAAGAAACCAGGCCACCUCAUCGCCGAUUGUAGGAAACGAGCAUAUAAUAAUAAUAUCAGAAACUCGUUACAAGAACAGAACAUAUCGCCCCAACAAAAUUUCCGUGCAUUACCUGCCGCUAAAAUAAAUAAUUUAAACCAUUUAGCGGCCAGCGAAGCGAGCAGUUCGGUGGAAACCGCUUUAACGUCUUGCUCACCUCAUCAAACACAGACAUCGACCCAGGAAUUAAACCUGGAGGACCUACAAAUAGAUUCUUAGAAAAUAAUCAAAUUUCGAGGAAGUUUAACGCUUAUACGCCGCAUUCAGUCCAUCGGGGACCGGCUAGUACUAGCUCCAUAGUUAAAAAUAAUCAGGUACAGAACAUGUCCUGUUAUCAAAAACGAUUUUGUGACGCUAGUACGCAAACGAGUAAACUUCCUAACUUUCAUCAUAUUCAUCAAAAUUCGAAUUCUAAAUCUUCCAUAUCUACUCAAACUCACGAAAUCAUUAUAGCCGAAACUAACGGACAGGGUAACCAGCCCCAAACCCUAGGCUUUACACAAAAUCCUAAAUCCACUAGUAUCGAUAAUUCUAACUCUACAAUAUUCACUAAAUCCAGUCGCAAAUCAAAAUCUAGGUCAAAAGACAAAUCUAAAUCCUUGAAAAGAAAAACUCAUAUCAAAUCGUUCGCUAUAUCUGCAUUAAAUGACGUGCCACCUGAAAAUCUACUACACUGUACUUUUUUCAUUAAAGAAACACCCGUCACUCUCUUAAUAGACACGGGAGCAGGAAUCUCAGUUAUCAGAGACGAUAAAAUAGGUUCAAUUGCUUUGGAUAAAUCCAACAUCGUGUCAAUUGUAGGUAUCUCUAGCACCCAAACUUCGACAAUCACAUCAGGAACUGCCAACAUAUCCCUAGAUGAUUUACCUGAAUUCAAAUUCCACGUCGCCAACCUUAAUAUAAAAGCAGACGGUAUUCUGGGAAACGACUUCAUGACUAAAUUUAAUUGUAACAUUUUUAUUCAAUCCAAAACGAUGAGAAUAGGCAGUAAAUCGUAUAAACUUCAUUAUAUGGGCGAAUAUCCUGAAAAUAAUACUAUCACUGAUAAACGAAUAAUUAGUAGUCGAACAGAAACCGUAAUUACGUGUAACACAAAUAGUAUCAACUCUGGGACAGCAAUAGUCGAAAAACAAACUAUAAGCAACGGCGUUAUUAUUCCUCACGCUAUAGUCAACGUUCGAAACAAUACAUUUUCAAUUACUUGUAUAAACACUAAUAAUUCCGAUAAAGUCAUUAAAACACCAAAUAUCGAAG